GCCUAUACUAUUUGGAUUCUUACUCUUUCAACACAAAAGCUCUGAGAUCUAAAGAUGGACUCGCUGUUGAACACCACGGAUUACUACCCUUCCGUUAACGCCACUAACGGCUCCGGUUUGAACGACACAGAGGGCUAUAACCAGUUCGUACAGCCGGUGUGGCAGAUCGCUCUCUGGGCCAUCGCCUACUGCAGCAUGGUGUGCGUCUCCGUGAUCGGUAACCUGGUUGUCAUCUGGAUCAUCCUCGCGCACAAACGCAUGAGGACCGUGACCAACUACUUUCUGGUGAACCUAGCCUUUGCAGAGGCGUCUAUGUCUGCCUUCAACACAGUGAUAAACUUUGCCUACAGCGUCCAUAACGAGUGGUACUUUGGUUUGGGCUACUGUCGCUUCCAUAACUUUUUCCCCAUUGCAGCGGUCUUCACCAGCAUAUACUCCAUGACCGCCAUAGCACUGGAAAGGUACAUGGCUAUCAUCCACCCCCUGAGGCAGAGGUUGUCUUCAGCAGAGACCUGUGUAGUGAUCGGAGUGAUCUGGGUGUUAGCUCUACUGUUGGCCUUCCCCCAGUACUACUACUCAGCUACUGACCAGCUGCCUGGUAGGACUGUCUGUUACAUCCAAUGGCCUGAAUACACCAAUGACACAACCAUGGACUUCAAUAAGAUGUACUCUGUGUCUGUGGUGUUGCUGUACUACUUCCUGCCGCUGUGCAUUAUGGGAUGUGCCUACCUGGUGGUGGGCUUGUCCCUGUGGGUGGGGACUAUCCCUGGAGACUCCACCCACCGCUACCGAGAGCAGCUAAUCGCCAAACGCAAGGUAGUGAAGAUGAUGAUCGUGGUGGUGUGUACUUUUGCAGUGUGCUGGCUGCCUUACCACAUCUACUUCCUGCUCCAUCAGUUCCACCCUGACCCCAUGCAGCUGUUUGAAUGGCGCUACAUCCAACAGGUCUACCUGGCUGUCCUGUGGCUGGCCAUGAGCUCCACCAUGUACAACCCUAUCAUCUACUGCUGUCUCAACGACAGGUUCAGGGCAGGCUUUCAGCAGGUGUUCUGUUGGUGUCCGUGUGUUCCUGCCACCUCCUACGGGGGACUGGAACUCAAGUCCACCCGCUACCUACAGACCCAGGUGAGUGUGUACCGGGCCAGCCGGAUGGAGACCAGUAUGUCGACAGUUCUGCAGCCCACUGAGGAGGAGCGCUGUGGGGCAGAGCAGCCAGCUAGCCCCCCUAUCAUCCAGACAACCCUGGAGCUCACCUCCACCUCCAACGGCUCAGCCUCACGAUCAGCCCUUAACUCCCCCGACAGCCCUUACUACGGCAGACAUAACAUGGCCUAGUGGCAUAACAAACACCUAACUGGAUUAGUCGUGGUUUAAUCUCACUUAACCCAGAACUAAAAUGUUGCGUAAUUUGGUCAGCUGCUCGAUUAGGUUCUGGGGGAAGCGUGUUAGAAAUUGAGAUUUCAGUUUUGUCUCCACCCUCGCAAAAGGAAAAUCUCAGUCAACGCCCCCCACCCCCUUCUGAUAUUUUCACCUGUGUUUAUCAUCUGUCGAAGUGAAGCAGUUUAAGCACCGCCUUCACCCAAUCCUGAUAUGUCCAAAUAAGCAGUGAUGAAAACCCAAGCCCCGGAACUAAUGCUGCUCAUAAUCUCACACAUCCCAUAGCAUGCCGACAGAUCUACCGUACCAGUUAUGUUUAGGUACUGUCCACGAGAGAUUAUACGUGGUUUAGUGCACUAUAGCCUGGGCUAGUGCUCUAUUCUCACACAUUCGAAUGCUGACACAACAUCGGCUAGGGCAGCCUCAAUUGGUCAGGGCAGCAGGUAGCUUAGUGGUUAAGAGAGUGGUGCCAGUAAUCGAAAGGUCGCUGGUUCU